AUGAAACGACGCAAGAUUCUGUAUCCAAGAAGAGGAAUGCCAAGUGACUGUCGAGACUGUUUGGGUAUUCGUUAUCGAAUCAACAGCCUGCAUCAGACCUGGAAGUGGCUGCAUCAGACCAUCGCGUUACACGAGUACCUGAUCUCCCUCUCUGCGGCGGACACAGACCCCUGUGGUUCCAAGCAUUAGUAAAUUAAAAGAUUUGGACUUUUUGAACUCUUACUAGUUGUUAGUGGUUUUAGAGACAAUUACUUAUAGUGAUUUACGUUUAUAAUACUGCCUUUAUAAGGUUCAUACAGAAAAGUAUCCAUUUUUAAAUACUAAGACAGAA